GUUUUAUCUCUACACACAUAUCUUGCUUUACUUGUGCUAUAUUAGAUUAUUGGCCUACUAUCCUCAUUUAGCAUUUAAAAAAAUAAAAAAUACAAGAAUGUCAGGUGAAAUGACUGGCAGGAAGUUCAGAGCCAUAGUGGGUCUCAUGAAAGUCCCAGAGCGCGAGCUUAUGGGCGAUAUUUUGUUGCGUGAGAGCGCUGAACCUUCACUUCCCGUCCACGUGAAUAUCGGUAAAUUUGUCCGUUUGGAUGACGGCCAGUACAUCGAUACGGAGGACCGAGAUAAAGCUGUUAAGAGACGACAGCUUGCAAACGCAAAGGAGAGACUGCGGGUGAGGAGCCUGAACAGCAUGUUCUCGUACCUUCGCCGUAUUGUGCCAGUGAUGCCACGAGAUCGAAAGCCCAGUAAAGUGGACAUGCUGAAGGCUGCGACGGAGUACAUCCGGCUCCUCUCAGCAGUCCUCAAUCACUCCUCUGCCACUGGAAAUGGAAAUGCGAAUGUUUUCCUCGACACUGGAAUCAACUACUCAAGCAGUGAGACUGACUGUUCUGAUCUCUGGAGCAUUGAGGAUGCGCUGGAGUUGAAACCCUUUCUAUCUGAGGGCGUGAGCGUGGCUGCCCCACUGGUCACCAUGGCGACAGGAGCGGAUGAUGACAUUGAUCUCAACAACAUGACAGUACAGUGUGUCGUACCAAUGUACAUUGUUCAGGUUGGCUCAGAGCAAACCGUAGUAACAAGUACAAUCUCGUCUUAGACGCACACCUUCUUUUGGUGCCUUGAAUCAUUCACUUUUUUUCUAUAUGUGACUUUAAGAUCUUCUGUUUAUGCUAUUUGUGCCCUUUAUCUCUAAUAUUACUAAAAUAUUUGAAAUGUCAGCCAAGAAUGAGGAUUGAUAGCUGACUUGAUGCUGAGCUCUCAGGAGACUUUUUGUUGGAUUAUUUAUUUAUUCAUAAAUGUAAACUCCUUUAAUUAUAGGAGUAAUAUCUAUAUAAAGUUUAUUUUGAGUCUUUUCAGCUGCUUUAUGGUUUACAAAUUUGAAUAAAUUGUAAAUACUAAUUGUGAGGAAUACUAAUU